UAAUCAUAAUGCCUCUGGUUCUACUUGUUUUAGGUGCUAUGGAUCUCGAUUUGGAAUUUUUUACCCUUUUGGCAGACCUCAAAUCACGGAGGGACAAGCUCAUUUUGAUGGCAGGUCUUAAUGGUUCUGGCAAAACCACCAUCUUGAACAAGAUUCACUCUGAAGGAGUCUCUACUGAGAUAGUCACACCCGGAUUUAGUGUUGAGACGGUGAAACAUGCCUAUAUUAACAUUGCAGCGUUUGAUGUUGGGAGUGAAAACAGGAUACCUCCACUGUACAUGCAGCAUUUCCAGAACAAGAAAGGUCUUAUUUUUGUGGUAGAUAGCAACGACCAGAACCGAGUGUUGGAGGCAAGGGAUGAGUUACACAGGAUGUUGCAGGAGGAUGAACUCAAGAACGUUGUUGUGCUUGUACUAGCCAACAAGCAAGAUCUUUGUAAUGCAAUGACUGCAGAAGAGUUGAGCAAAGAGCUGGAUAUUAAGUCUCUCAGAAUUAAUCAGUGGCAUAUUUCUAGUACUAGUGCAAUCAGUGGGGAUGGCUUGCUUGAGGCUUUGCGUAAAUUUUUUUGGGCCAUUGAUUCCAUGGUCCCUCAUGUGCAUGUGUUAAUUUGUGUUGAUAAAGAUAAGGAUAUACGCUGCAGUGGUGAAGAAAUAGGUAAAGACGAAGAUGAACAUAAAGACUUUCAGUCUACUAUCCAGGAGGUCUUUACUCAAAAUGAUUGGGUGCCGACUCCAUCCGCGGUUAAUCCUGAAUUUCACUUCACUUGUGUGAGUCGACUGGAUUAUAUCAUGGACUGUGUUCAGGAGGCUUGUAGCUGCGGUCUGCCGGUUGACUUGAUGGUAUUGGACUAUGAAUAUAUCAUGGAAAUGGGGCAAGAUGCGUUCAAGGCAAUGAAAGAUGAAUGGCAUAGAGCUGAGUUUGACGGGCAUGUUAUAGGCGUGACUUCUAGAAAUGAGAAUAUAGACCAUCAGCGGAUUGUUCCAAUGCCCGGAGUGCUACUUAAUUUACACUUCAGUGUGUUCAGCAAUAAGGAGAGGGUUUCUGUCAUAUUCGGACAUAUUUUUGGCAACAGAUACUUAAGUCGAGCCUCAAGGUUCAGCAGGCAAGCUGCCUUCCAUUGUUAGUC